AUCAGAAAAAGGAACCACUCCUGUCUCACGAUGGAAUGAUUCCAUUCUCUGUUUGCCUCGGGCUAGUGGAAUUCGAAUGCACCGCUACAUGAUUGUUCGUCUCCAUCAUUGGUCUUCGGAAGUUUCGUGACAUAAAAGUCAGGCCAUCAUUAAAAGGCGUAUGCAUUUGUAUGUGGGUAUUGGCGUUGGGAUAUCAUACUGUGUAGUCAUUUUAUGCUUCGUAGAGAACCAACCACCUACCUUAGUGGUAGUUCAAAGGAAAUACCAUGACCGGCAAAACUUACGCGCGACAUUCAAUCAGGCAUUGCCCCGAACCUUUUAGGCCUCAACACUACCAACACAAAGAGAAAUAACCCUGAAACC